CUCUCAUAUUCCUUCCAAUUCCCUCAAAACCAGAGAAAGAAAGACACUUUUUCUUUCGAUCUGUUUCACAUUUCUGUCAAUUCUGUGCUUUGCUUUAUGGCCCUGAGUGGAACCAUGUCCAACCCCAGCGACUGGCUCCAGUUCUACAACCUCCAGAGCAACACUUUAUCCGGCCAAGCCCUCCACUCGUCGACCUCCCACGGCCACGUCUCCUCCGGUUCCGGCAUGUUCGGUCAAGACCAGGCUGCAGCAGUCUCCCAUCACGAAGCCACUGUCGUCACCACCACCGCCGCUACAGCUUCUGCUUCUGCUGCUGCAUCAAACCCCAGCUCAAGUAACAACACCAACAGCUUGAGCCCGGAAGGCCGUGUCUCCAAGCCGGUCCGAAAGCGGUCCAGGGCUUCCAGAAGAACCCCCACCACGCUACUCAACACCGACACGGCCAACUUCCGCGCCAUGGUGCAGCAGUUCACUGGCGGUCCGAGUACGGCGUCGUUUUCCACUCAGACUGGUGCAACUAAUUUCGGUUUCGGAUCACUUGGGGCCAGACAAGGGUUUGUGAACCCUAGUGCUCCAGUGAUGGUGCCACCACCUGGGUAUAACAAUCAUCUACAGCUUCAGCAGCAGCAGCAAAACCCUUAUCUGCUUUCACUGAACAACAACAACAACAAUAACAACAGUGAUAACCAUGGGUUUGUUCAGAGAUUAAUGAGCUCGUCCUCAUCGGCACGACCCACAAACAUGGGGUUUUCUUUUUCCUCCGAUGGAAUGCAAGGGCAGCCCAGUCUGGUUGGAAGUGGUAGGCCUAAUUCGAACCCCUCCAAUGAGAAUAGAAGCAACAGUUUCUUGUACUGAGAGCGACACAAAGCCGAAAACGAAGUUAGGUAGACUGACUUAUCUCUCUAGGGACACAAUUCUUGACCAAUAUAUGUACAUUAUUCUAUCAUAUCCUUUAUUUUUCUUUUCCAUAUGGAUUUUCAUACUAAAAUGUAUCUGUUUCGAAAUCUAUUUUCGAAAUUAUGCUUGUCCUAAAAUAUGGUAUCUCGACUCAGUAAUGGCCAAGGUGAGACUACUCUUGUAAGUGUAAUAGUUAUGAACAUUUGAUUUCUUCAUUUAUCUAAGUUUCGAGUUUUCCUACAUUUAAUUUGUAUUCCUUAUUACUGAGCACUUCAAAUGUCUUUUUGAAAUUCAAUAAUGAGUGAUUUAGCUAGC